UUUUUUUUUUUUGUACUUCUGCAAACCUCUGGGUUCUCUCCAGGUGGCCUCAGCCUAACAAACAGCCGAGAGGGAAGAGGUUCAAGAGCAGUGUUAGAAACUCAGAUAUAUAAGCUCAGGGUAAGUCUUAUUUUUCAAAUGACAGACUGACUGUGAUUGAUGAUCAGUUAAACAUCUGGCUAGUUCAGAUGACCGCCUUGAGCUCGGCUAAGAGCUUUGAGAACUUAAAGAAAAGCCUUUGAUCCAGGGACAGUCCACAUAUAGAUUGGCCUAUUCCGACCUCUUUUUCUUAAUGGCGGCACGGACCAUUCAUAACAUAGGGAUAUUCUUCACAACCGUGAGCAGGGCAGAGGGGUGGGGUAAGUGAAGACAAGCGACAACAAUUAGCUAUAAGGUUGUUCACUGCUCCUGCUUAGGCUGCACAGAAAAAGCAUUUUGGUUCCCGAAAUUCAUUCUGAUCUUGCAAAUAAAAUAUAACUGAUAGAAUUCUACAGGAUGGGGUGUUAGUGUGCAGAAACAGUCGAGAUCCAAGGAUCCCCAGGCAUGCACCUCUAGAUGGUGGAGAUGUCUGGCCCGGGCAUCUUCACUCGGUCGCAAGCGGCCAAUAGCCAGGUGCAAAAUGAGCCUGACACCUGGCUAAUUUCGAACACUGCCUUGUUUGCAGAAUUCCCCUUGGGGCAUCUGCUUGGCUGCUUGGCCUGAUCCAGCUAUAGGACUCUCCUGAUGCUCGUGUAGAACCUCCAGCUCUAGAGGCAGUCUAUCCUGAUUCCUUGGUUCUUAGGGGCAAUUGUCUGGUGUGAGGUCAGGAUGCUGUGCUAGACGGGCUCGCUUCAGCACUUUGCAAGGAGCGACUCAGGCCUCUUUUGCAUUGUCAAGCUCCCGCUUUCUCUCCGGGCGCAAGGGAGCUUUCCUUUCUCCCUCUGCUCAGCAAGAAGCAGAACUGGGACUUCCCAGUUUCUUCCCCUGCCUGGCUUCUCCUCAAAGAGGGUGUCGCCCACCCUGGCCUUCUCCGGUCACACUUCCCUUUCCCAGAGCUCUGGGAGUUUUCGCUUCCUCCCUCCUCCCUCACUUUCUCUGCCCUAAUCCUGGCACUGCAAAUUGCUCGCUCCCUUCCUGAGUUGAAGGGCAGCACUGAGUGUUCCUCCGCUGCCACCCGCUUCCAACAGUGCAAUUAUCACACCUGCGGUCCCAAGACUUCGGAGAAGUUUAGUGCCCGGGGCCGGAUCCAGCCAUGCCGUGAGCCGCCGCCAUGACGGACGAGUGGGCCCCGCAGCUGGUGGACUACUUUGUGGUGGCCGGCUUGGCGGACACUUCGGCACCGCUGGAGGAUGAGAGCCAGCCGCCUCGCCCGGCCCGGCCCAGCGAGCCCAUCGUGGAUGUGGCCGUCAUCGUGCGCUCGCAGGGCGAGGAGGUGCCACAUGGCUUCACCUGCAUCGACCGCACGACCUCCGGGAACCCCGUGGAGCUCAACGCCGGGCUGCUCAACAACCCCCAGAUGUACAUCUGCUACAGGAGAGGCCGGGACAAGCCUCCCAUUGUGGAGUUGGGGGUGCACUACGACGGAAAAGACCGCCCGAAGCCCGGCUACAAAAUCAUCGAAACGACUCCCUACAGCCACUUGGCUAACCUGGCCUCGGGGGCCCCCGGACACCAGCGCACUUUCCUGACGUACCGGCGAGCCAGCGAGAGCCAGGCCUACAGCACACUGGGCAUCACCGACAUUUGCCUUAUCAUGCCCAGCAAAGGGGAGAGCCUCCCGCACACCUUCUGCCGCGUGGACCGGAACCUCAACGCGGGCAUGUGGGGACCAGCCCUCUACAUCUGCUACAAGAUGGCAUUGGCAAAAGGGAACACUCUGGUUUAUGAAGCAGGUCUCCUUAGUCGCUACCCGGAGGAGGACAAUGAGGCUUUCCCGUUGCCGGAGUCCGUGGCUGUUUUUUGCCUCCCCAUGGGUGCGACCAUCGAGAGCUGGCCGGCCGACACGAAAUACCAGCUUCCUGUCUUCUCCACCUUCGUGUUGACCGGGGCUUCGGGAGACAAGGUGUAUGGUGCCGCCAUCCAGUUCUACGAAUCCUUCCCGCGGGAACGCCUCUCAGAGCGGCAGUGCAUGUGGCUAAACCUCCUCACCAUCGUCGACCGGCGCCCCAUCACCAGCAAAUCAGUGCAUACACGCAAGAGCAUCUGCGUCCUUUCCCACUGGCCCUUUUUCGACGUCUUCCGGAAAUUCCUUACUUUCCUGUACCGCUACAGCAUCUCGGGGCCUCACGUUCUUCCACUCGAGGCGCACAUCUCUCAUUUCAUGCACAAUGUCCCCUUCCCAUCUCCACAGCGGCCUCGGAUCCUGGUUCAGAUGUCUUCCUACGAUAACAUGCUCCUGUGCCAGCCUGUUUCAUCUCCUCUGCCACUCAGUGGCGCCAGCUUCCUCACCCUGCUGCAGACGCUGGGUCCUGAAAACGCUGUGGCCCUUCUUGUGGCGGUGCUCACGGAACAGAAGCUGCUCAUCCACUCCCUGCGGCCGGAUGUCUUGACCAGUGUGGGCGAAGCCUUGGUCUCUAUGAUAUUCCCACUGCACUGGCAGUGCCCAUACAUCCCCCUCUGCCCGCUCACCCUGGCUGACGUGUUGUCCGCUCCGGUGCCCUUCAUUGUCGGGGUGCACUCCAGCUACUUCGACCUCUGUGACCCGCCACACGACGUCAUCUGCGUUGAUCUGGACACCAACACCAUCUUCCAGUGCGAGGAAAGGAAGCUGCUGUCGAUCCGGUCGCUGCCUCGGAAACCUUGCAAGGUGCUCUUGGCUUGCUUGAACUCCCUGUACCAUCAGCUGGAUGAAAUGUACAACCGGCCCGUUGAGGAGGCCACCCUGGAAUUCCUGCUGACCGACUAUGACGUCAUCUAUGGCCGGCGGAAACAGCUGGAACUGGACAUCCAGGGGGCUUUCCUGCGCUUCAUGGCCUGCCUCCUGAAGGGCUAUCGCUGCUACCUCCUGCCCAUCACGCAGGCGCCCUCUGAGAAGACCCGCGACUCAAGUAGCCUCUUCAACCUCCAGGGCUUCCUGAAGUCACGUGACCGGGCGUAUCACAAGUUUUAUGGGCAGCUCCUCCGCACCCAGCUCUUCACGCAGUUCAUUGAGGAGUGCUCCUUCGUCAACGACCGUCACACGUCCCUAGAGUUCUUCGACUCCUGCGUGGAGAAGGUGCAGGUGGACCUGGAGAAGAUGGAGGAAACUCCCCUGAUUGAACUAGACGACACUCACGGCAGCGAACAUACCGUCUUCAUCAUGCCCCCAGAGGAGCCCACCGGACCCAAUGGUGCCGAGCUGCCACCGCGCUACCAGUACGACGGCUUCCCCAGGCUGCAAGCCAAGCUCUUUGAGCGUCCCCAGGACCAGCUCAUGCCCUCACUCUGCCAAGCCCGGACCAGCGCUCCCAGCAGCCCAGCUCCACGCAGGACCAAACAGGAAAUGAAGGUAGCCCAGCGGGUGGCUCAGAAGUACUCCGCGAUGCCCGACAUGUGGGCCAAGUGCCUGCUGGGGCACUGCUACGGCCUGUGGUUCAUCGCUCUGCCCACCUACGUGCGGGCUGCAGCCUCCAAGGUGCGGGCCCUGCAGAUAGCCUACGAGGUGCUCAAGCAGAUGGAGACCAAGAAGGUGGUGCUUCCCGAUGAGGUUUGCUACCGAAUCCUGAUGCAGCUGUGUGGUCAAUACGGCGAGCCUAUCCUCUCCGUCCGAGUGCUGCUGGAGAUGAAGCGGGCUGGCAUCGUGCCCAACACCAUCACCUAUGGCUACUACAACAAGGCCAUUUUGGAAUGCAAAUGGCCAUCCGGUACCCAGGGAGGCCGCCUCCGCUGGGCCAAGCUGCGCAACGUCGUCCUGGGGGCUGCCCAGUUCCGCCAGCCCCUGCGUCAGCGUCAGCGCGAGGCAGAAUCGCAGAGCGUCAGCAGCCAGUCAGAAGGCAGAAGCAUUAAGAUGCCAGGGUCCCGGUCCCGGUCCCGGUCCCGGUCCAAUCUGCAGCGGCAGACGACUUGGUCUGGGGGCAACGUGACCGAGAGCCUUCCAUCCACGUCACUGGUGAAGAGCGGCAGCCUCAGUUUCCCUCAGCAUGAGCCAGAAGCUGGAGUGGCUCGUGCGACCAAGGGCCUGGGCGCCACAGACCACGGCAGCAGCAGCACGCUCCCUGCCCUGCCCCACUGGUUGCAAGGCCGGGCCGGGAGCUCCGAGGACGGGAGCUUGUCGGACGUCAGCAGCUUCUUGACAGACGAGAGCGACAGGUUGACCCUGAGCAGCGUGGACACUCAGCCAGGUCCGGGGCGCUUGGAAGGCUCCGCCACAGGGGCGGAGAGUCGCGGCAUAGGGAGCGGCACACCGCGCAGAAGCCUGGCCGCCAAACUCCAGCAGCUGCUCUCGCCCAUCAAGCGGCCGUCGCUGAAACACGGUUUCACCACAGAGCAUUCGCACUCUCGCCCCGGGUCCGAGCAGCGGGACCUCCCACCUCGCCGCAGCCCGCUGGAAAGCCGCUUAUUGCUUCCUCGCGAGCGCCCAGGCUCCACUGCCUCCGAGAGUUCCGUGUCCCUGGGCAGCGAGUACGAUUAUUCGAACAGCUCCUUGUGCAGUUUCAACCUCCGGAAAUCUAGCGAGUUGCUGAUAGAGAGUCCGGCGGUUGAGGUCCUGCUCUCCAGCUGUUCCCGGUGCCAGGCCUGCAGCUCGUUGGUGUACGACGAAGAAGUGAUGGCCGGCUGGAGCUCGGACGAUUCCAACCUCAACACCACCUGCUCCUUCUGCGCCCGCCCCUUUGUGCCCUUCCUCAGCAUUGAGAUCCAGGAUCUCAAGGCGGCCCCCAGCCUUCCCAGCGUCGCUGACACCUCGGACACCAGCUCUAGCUCCUCCGAUCUCUGUCCGCGGGACAGCGAAGCCCCCGCCCCAGGGAGCCAGGGCCCCGUCCUCAGCGACCGCUCCCACUGCCUGUCUCUGGAUGAAGCUGAGCCGGAACCCGGAAGGGAGUCUAGGGCUGGGUCUCUGUGCAACGGCUUCACCGAGUCUCCGGUUCCUCAGGGUCCAGCCCCCGAAGUGGAGCACCUGGCCUUUGCCUACCUGAGCCCCUUAGUCCUGCGGAAGGAGCUGGAGACCCUCCUGGAGAACGAGGGAGGGGACUUCCUGUCUCAGCCGGAGCUGGUGGACAACCACCCAAUCAUCUACUGGAACCUGGUUUGGUACUUCGAGCGCCUGGAUCUGCCCAACAGCCUCCCCCAGCUGCUCCUGGCUAGCAAGCACUUCCAGCCAGCACUGCAGGGCUCGCCUCAGGAGGGGCUUUUCGUGCGUGUACGUUUGGUGUGGGACGUGUUGACGCCAGACCCCGACAGCUACCCCCCACUUUACGUCCUCUGGAGGUUGCACGGUAACAUCCCAACUCGCCUCCAGUCCUGGCGUCGACACAACCACCCCUUCUCGCUCUCGUUCCUGGAGGCGGUGCUGAGCUCGGUCGGGAUGGGCGAGAUGCACAAAGCCAUCUCUCUCUUUCUGGACACGGUGAAGGAGCAGUCCGGCACGACACACAUGCCCAGGAGCGUUUACCACGAGAUUCUCUUCUUGAAGCUGGCAGCCCUGGGCAGAGACCACGUGGACAUUGCCGACUUCGACAAGAAAUACAAGUCUGCCUAUUCUAAGCUGGUCGGCAGCAUGGGGAAGGAGACUCUGAAGCAAUGGAGAGCCCAGCCUCUCACCUCCAAGGCCAUCGACUGCCGGAAAAGCUUUGGGGCCAACCUGGAAUGCUAGCGGGGGGGGUCACCCGUGGCGCUGCCACCAACCUCCCCCCCCCCUCCGCCGUGUCACCUCCGGCACCCCUACCCUUCAAUUCCUGCAACAUAGGAAUCGUCAAGGACACAACGGGAGCUGAUAACCAAAUUGCGGCGGGAGCCAGUCGCUACCACCGCAGGACCUCCGCGGGGGCAGACUAGGGAACCCCGGGACAAGAGGCACAUCGCUGUCCUCUCCUCAGAGACCCUUCUGGUCCCCCAUGGACCACUCGCAUCCCCCGGAGCUGGGGCAGGGUGUCCCAACGCUAGCCGGCAGCGGGGAGACUACGGGUCUCAGGGACCAUGUGCAUAUUGGGGUUUGGGGAGCACCUCUCCCCACCCCACCCUGUCCCAGCACUGCACUCUGCACGUGCAUGAGAACACCCGUACGCCGUCCCCUCCCUCCCUCUCCCCACCUGGGUCGACCCUCUCCCCCCCCCCCAGAGAUCCUCUAUAUUUUUGUGCACUGUGUUAAUUUCUGGAAGGCAAGUCUGUCCGUUUCCUCCCGCGACACAUCAGGGUUCAAUUCAGGAAGAGGGCAACCCAUCUUGAGCCAAGUAGGGUGUGUUGUUGUUUUUUUACCGCCAGUGUUUGUUUUUCGGGGUUGGGUGGGGGUGGGGAGAGAGAGGGAGAGCUAUUUUAUAAUUUAUUUAUUGUCGAGACCUUUUUUUGUUGUUGUUGUCGCUUCUGCUUUAACUGCCGAAAAGAGGAGCCCUGUAGCAAGUGAUGGGGUGGUUGGGGUGCAAGAGCCCAUUCUACCAGUCCACCUCCCUCUUUCUCUGCUUUGCCAUACCCGUAUGGUGGGGGGGGGAGGUUGCCACAUGCCCCAGCCUGCUGUAGAGACUUACUCCCCCCCUCCCCGUGGCUGUGGGGUGCUCUUGGGUGAGGGGUUGGACCAGGGCCCGGAAGAUACCAGCCCCUUCCCCAAGGGAAGGGUUGUCUCCAGCUAAGUUCUGCUCAGGCUUGUUGAAAUUAAUGAAGUUGGGCCCCAUCCGCACUACACAUUUAAAGCGGUAUCAUACCGCUUUAAACAGUCAUUGCUUCCCCCCCACCCCAAAAAAGAAUCCUGGGAGAUGUAGUUUGUUAAGGGUUCUCAGAGUUGUUAGGAGACCUCUCUUCCCCCUCACAGAACUAUAAUUCCCAGAGUUCCCCAAGGAGAAAAGUUGAUGGUUAAACCACUCUGGGAUUUGUAGCUCUGGGAGGGAAACAGGGGUCUCCGUGCAACUCUAGGCACCCUUAACAAACCACAACUCCCAGAAUGCUUUGGUGUGGAGAGCCGUGGCUGUUUAAAGUGGUAUCAUAGGGCUUUAAAUGUAUUUUGCGGGUGCAGCCUAGCUUAGGUCCGUUAAUUUCAGCGAGUCUGAGCAGAACAAAAGUUUGAUGCAACCCGGCGUGUCAUCCCACUUUCUCCUCAGGGCUUGGAUUGUGCAAUAUGGAGGCUGAUCUCCAUCAAGACCCUAUUUGUUGUAUUAUUCAUUUUGUUGGUUUGUCCGUUUCGAUGUUCCCGGUUCUGUAAAUAAAGAGGCUUCUGUAUUUUC